CCCGAAACGCCUUGACCGUCCUGAGUGCGGAGUCAAAACACACAGUAAGUUACGAUUUCUCACUAGGCGUACUACACAGGUACAGGCGCAAGUAAUGAAUAUAUUGCAGUAAAUGUUGUGCAUGUGCGUGUGAAUUUGUGUCCUAUCGUUAAUAACUAAUUAUAGCCACGAAUAAUUGAAUUAUUGUUAUAAUUAUUUUAUCGUCUCGACGAUGGCGGAAAUUAAAUCGUCAAAAAUAGACGCGGAAAAUGCCGGAACCGAGUACAACUUAUUCAGAUCAUCCUUAGCUCAAAUUGGUACGAUCGCCGUGCAGAAUGUGAUGAUGUUGGGUUUCGGCAUGUCGCUGGCUAUACCGACGGUGGUCAUCGGGUCACUGAUGUCGGACGGUGUCAGCCGUGACAUGACGCUGACGGAAACGGAAGCGUCCUGGUACGGUAGCGUGCUGCUGGUGUGCCAUCCCACGGGUGGCUUGCUGUCCGGGCUCCUGCAGGAGCUCAUCGGCCGGAAGUGGUGCCUGGCCGCGGUCAGCUUGCCGCAGCUGGUCGGCUGGUACGUGCUGUGGAGGGCGGAAAACGCGUUCGAGCUGUACGUGUCGUGCGUGGCACUAGGGCUGAGCAUGGGCCUGAGCGAGGCACCCGUGUUGACGUACGUGGGCGAAUCCGUCGAGCCCAGGCUUAGGGGCCCGCUGUCGUCUGUGUCCACGUUCACCAUCAUGCUGGGCUCGUUCAUCGCGUACCUCAUGUCCACCGUGAUGCCCUGGCGAACGGUCGCCAUGAUCAACAUGGCCGUGCCUGUUGUAUCUUUCGCCGCCAUCGUGCUCCUGACGCCCGAAUCACCAGUAUGGCUGUUGUCCAGGAACCGGUUGUCCGAGGCGAAGAAGUCGCUGGCCUAUCUGAGGGGGUGCGUAAGCCCUGACGACGUGGAAGAUGAGUUUUCUGAACUGUCGAUCUAUGCGGGGUGCAACAAGUGCGUCGAUCUCGAACAGUACGCGGACUGUGGAAUGGACCAACGUCGUCUGUCGUACGUCAAGUACUUGCAGAUCAAAACUAACGACGCGACCAACGUCGACAUUGAAGCACUCACGGAACGGAAUCAGAUGGAUAGCAGCGUACUGGACACGUUUAACAACUUUUGGCCGCCUGAACUUAACCGGCCGUUCCUGUUCAUAAUGAUUUUCUUUUUUUUCUGGUCAUUCGCCACAUUCAUACCGGCCAAACCGUACCUGAUAGCCGUCUUCGAGGAAAUAGGUUUGCCGUGCACCGCGCAAUGGACACUGGUUUACACAUCAAUUUUAACCUUGAUGGGAACACUCAUGAACGUACUCACCGUAUCCAAGUUUGGCAAACGACCUAUAACAUUGGUUUCGAUGGCACUCAGUGCUUUUUCAAUGCUCGGGAUCGGAAUGCACAUGGUUUCUGUUACAUACUUCUCGUUUUCGUGCACUUGGGUACCAAUGGUAUUGCUAAACACUUUAUUUUUCUUCUCUGGGUACGGCGUAUUUCCAAUUCCUUGGAUGUUGGUCAGUGAAAUAUAUCCGACAAAGGGUCGAGGCGUUGCAAGUGGAUUGACGGCUGCGUUGGCGUUUUUGAUGACGUUCAUUCUGACUAAAUCAUUUUUGAUAUUGCAAGCAUGGAUCACCCUGCCUGGGUUGUUUAUCGUCUACGGAGCAAUAACUUUAGUCGGUACCCUUUAUCUGUACGCGUGCAUGCCCGAGACGGAAAACAAAACACUGCAGCAGAUAGAAACGUUUUUCAUCGGCGAUUUAGGUGUUUUCGACAACUAUCAUGGCGGCUUAAACUGAAACGAUAUUCAGUCGGAAAUGGACCACUGCGCUAUGAUAUUCCUACGACUUUCUGUCCCAAACUCAACUCUGUCCACUAAUUUAUUUAUAUUUGUUCAAACGUAUUUAUUAUUUAUUGUUAAAUUGAACACGAUUAAAUUAUGUAAUA